AUAUCUUGUCCGAGAAAAAGGUCGAGUACUACGUAUCAAGCAAUUAGUAGUGGUCCAAUAUUUCAAGAAAAAAAAAUUGCAUCGUGGCUGUCAUUGUCAAAAGUUUCUUAGUGAAAAGAAUAAAUCAAGGUUCUAAUGAUUUAAGCUUGACUACCAUAUCGCCAAAACUGUAUCCGAUUCUAUUCAAAUGAGUAAUCUUGGUGCUAGAUUGGUUGUGCCUAUCGAUGUGAAGAAGAAGCCAAAGGAGCAAAAAGUUCCUCUGCACAACCGGUGGCACCCUGCUAUUCCUCCGGUGGCGGAGGUCCGCACCGGAGAACUUUUCAGGGUGGAGAUGGUGGAUUUCAGCGGCGGCGGCAUCACCAAAGAGUACACCGCUCAAGACAUCAAGUUUCAAGAUCCUUCUAUUGUGAGUUUCUCAUGCAUCUACAAUUUAUUUUACUAUCAAAUUAUUUAGUUUUAUUUUUAGGCGGACUUUCCAAUCCUUACUCUAUUAUAGCUUCUUGUUUGCCUAUUCUUCAAUCCAAAUUAUCGGUUUUGGACUUUGCCACUAGUUGAGUUGAGAAUCUCUCUUUCUUUCUUUUAGGGUCAUUUCAGAUCUUAUGUUUAAUUGGUGUUUCACUUUUAAAUUUGAUAUUUUAAUUCUCAAAAAACAAAAGAUUUUAUAUUUUAAUAAAAUUUAUUUAUAUUAACCUUUACAAUCAAAAUAUUGAAAUUUAAAUAAAUUACAUAGCUUAUAUAUAAAUUUAUCAAUCCUAAUAAUCAAUUAUAAAUGAAUAAGACAAAUUAAAUUCUCAAAUUAUAAACCCUAUUAAUAAGUAAGUUAAACUAAAAAUACACGAGAAAUUAAAAAUGAGACAUUUAAAAAAAUGAAAAAAACUACUAUUAAACAAAAUAAAAAUUACUAGUACUCAAUGGGACAUCAAAAGAUUUUAAGAAGGUUUUUCCUUCUUAAGGUUUUUUUUUGGGGUUUUUAUAAAAAAGGUUUUAAUGAGGUUUGGACCCCAGUCCGCGUCUCUGUAUUUUUUAGGGUUCUUUUUCUAAGUUUUUUCUGUUUUUUUUCUUUAAUAGAAUGGUAAUUUAAUAACUCAAUGGGACAUGUAAAAAAUGAGACCAUGGGUCUCAAAAUGGAGCCUCCAUCAUGUAUGUUGAUUGUGUGUAAGUCAUUAUAUUCUGUCUUACCUGAAAGAGGAACAUGAUAAUAUAUAAUCCAUUUCUUUUCCCAUAAUUAAUAAGGUCAUGAAGCUUGAAUAUCUAGCCAGCCUUGAAAAAAAACCUAGCUAGCUCUAAAAGGAAAAGAAGAAAUUUUUCUUUCCUCACUUUAUUUUGUCAAUGAACGUAUAUAAUUGAGAAGAAAAAAAAAAGAAUUACAAAAGGAGAAGAAGAAAAAUCCAAGCUCAUAGACAUCAACCAAUGUAAAAUGGACACACCAAUAUAAAAGUCCAAACCUUAUCACAUUUUUAUCAACUCCGUAGAAAAAAAGACACUCAUACGUUGAAUAUUGAUCAUCGAUCAUUAUACUUUAUAGGAACUGCUGAAUUGUUAAUACUACCAUAAGAUUGAUAAUAAUUACCAGAAAUCUAUUACAAAAACAUCCCUAUCAUCCGUUGCCGAUAGCUUCCAAGAUCAUUUGACGAGGACAAUUAGGGACCACUGGAAAAGUUGCCUCUUCAUUUGUCAGUUACCGAACCGUCUAAAUCAUAUUGAACUAAUUAAAUAUCUAUUCAUAAAUAUAGUCUUCUUUUGUUGCAAGAGUUUCAUGUAUCUCAAAAGCACAUAGUAUAUGAUAAGGUGAAGAAACAUUUGAUCAAUCAACCCCUAAGUGAGUCAUGGCCCCUCCAACUCCAAGACUAACAGUCCCAAUAGACUUAAAGAAGAAGCCAUGGCAGCAGAAGCUGCCACUUCACAACCGGUGGCACCCGGAGAUACCGCCGGUUGUGGAGGUCGAAACCGGGGUCGUAUUUAGGGUAGAGAUGGUGGACUGGACAGCAGGGGCAAUCUCAGAUGACAACUCUGCAAUUGAUGUAAAAACAUUAGACCUAUCAGCUGUUCAUUAUCUGAGUGGACCAAUCAGAGUGGUGGAUGCAGAGGGGAAUCCGGCGAAGCCCGGGGACCUUCUGGCGGUUGAGAUAUGCAACUUGGGGCCUCUACCGGGAGAUGAAUGGGGUUACACUGCAAUCUUCGACAGGGAGAAUGGUGGAGGAUUUCUGACGGAUCACUUCCCUGGUGCAGCCAAAGCUAUAUGGUAUUUUGAAGGAAUAUAUGCCUACUCUCCUCAUAUUCCAGGUGUAAGAUUUCCGGGUUUGACACACCCCGGUAUAGUCGGAACUGCACCUUCAAUGGAACUGCUGAAUAUAUGGAACGAGAGGGAGAGACAAGUCGAAGAAACUGGGCUCCACACAUUCAAAUUGUGUGAGGUGUUGCAUUCACGGCCCCUAGCAAACCUUCCAUCCACCAAGGGAUGCGUUCUAGGCAAGAUCAAGGAAGGAAGUGGGGAGUGGGAAAGAAUAGCAAGAGAGGCUGCACGGACGAUACCCGGAAGAGAAAACGGGGGAAAUUGUGACAUCAAAAAUCUGAGCAGAGGUUCGAAAGUGUACCUUCCGGUGUUCGUAGAGGGAGCAAAUCUAAGCACAGGGGAUAUGCAUUUCUCACAAGGGGACGGCGAAGUAGCAUUCUGCGGGGCCAUUGAGAUGAGCGGGUUUCUGGAGCUCAAGUGCGAGAUCAUAAGGGAUGGGAUGAGCAAGUACCUAACUCCCAUGGGGCCCACUCGUUUACAUGUGAACCCCAUAUUCGAGAUAGGUCCCGUGGAGCCAAGAUUCUCGGAGUGGCUGGUGUUUGAGGGGAUCAGUGUGGACGAGAGCGGCAGGCAACACUACCUGGAUGCCUCCGUUGCUUACAAGCGUGCUGUGCUCAACGCCAUUGACUAUCUUUCCCGAUUCGGAUACUCUAAACAACAGAUCUAUCUCCUACUCUCCUGCUGCCCUUGUGAAGGGAGGAUCUCAGGGAUUGUGGACGCUCCCAACGCCGUCGCCACGCUUGCAAUUCCAAUUGCUAUUUUCGAUCAGGAUAUUCGUCCGAAAACAACGGGUGUGCCUACGGGGCCUAGGCUUGUCAGAAAUGGAGGACUCCCACAGUGCAGCUAUGAUGGAAACCUGCCUAUUACCAAAAAUCCCAGUGCCACUACCUGACUCCAUCUCAUUUUCAAUAUCAUGCUCUGUGUUUUAUCAAUGCAAUUCUCAUCCAACAAUUCAUGUACCCUUACUUUUGGUUCACUGUAUAUAUCUUAAAUUUUUACCA